AUGCUGCUUCGCUGUGGGUCUCGCUCUCUGCUGUAUCGGUCUUACGCGCGCUUGCUGCACUCUACCUCGAUAGUGCAAGCGCGUAAGGUGCUUCAGAAGUUCAAGCUCGCGGACAUUGGCGAAGGCAUCACCGAAUGCGAGGUCAUCAAGUGGAACGUGACGCCGAACCGAACUGUUGCUCAAUUCGACCCACUUUGCGAAGUACAGAGUGACAAGGCUUCCGUGGAGAUCACUUCGCCGUACGAUGGGACUCUUAAGGAGCUGCUGGUGAAGGAGGGCGAGGUUGCACGCGUCGGCGAAGCGUUGUGCAUCAUCGAAGUUGACGACGAGGCAGCCGAGCAAGUGGGUGGCUCGGUCACCGAACCGGUCGAAGCUGAGGCUGCGCGGCCGCCGCUCACGCCCGUGGAUAAGCGAGAGACGGACGCCAUCGAGAACGCCCGGCCAGCGUCCGAGGAGGCGUCUGACGCUGAGCCGCCCGCUCGGCCACGCAAACCACAUCCCCUUGACCCAAAUGCGCAACCGUCUUCGAUCGACACAAGCUCGGAUGUGCUUGCUUUACCGUCCGUUCGACACUUCGCUCGGCAAAGCAGCGUGGACAUAUCACUGUUAGCGCCUGGGUCAGGGAAGAACGGACGCGUCGAGCGUUCUGAUGUCGAGCGUUAUCUGUCUCAACCGAAAGAAGCGCCCGCUUCUACUCAGGCUGUAUCUCGAGAAGACGCUGUGAUCGAACUCGGUCGCACACGGUACGGCAUGUGGAAGGCAAUGACGAAGAGCUUGGAGAUACCGCACUUUGGCUAUACGACGUAUCUUGACUUGACAGCUCUCGACGCUCUUCUACCUCAGCUGAACCAGCAUAUACCCGCGCACUACCUGCCAUCAUCAUCCUCACCGUCAAGACCACCGCUUGUAUCACCAUCAGCCUUUGCAGCACCACCUUCACAUCCCGAAGUCCCCGAGCAUGCGCGGUACCACAAGUUGACAUACCUCCCAGUACUGCUCAAGACGCUCUCCCUGGCUAUGUCCGAAUGGCCGCUGUUCCGCUCUUCACUCACGUCCGGAUGGGAGGGCAAACCGACCAUGACGCUGCGCCCGCACGCAGACAUCGCGAUCGCGCUCAGCACGCCGACCGGGCUCUAUACUCCGGUGCUACAACGCGUUGAUACGCAGCCCGUAUACACACUCGCGUCCGAACUACGCCGUGUCGCGCACCUCGGUCGUCAAACGCCCAGCGCCCUCACACCAGCAGACAUGCCGAAGCGCGGCGCCACACUCACCGUGUCCAACGUCGGAGCCGUCGGAAAGGGUACCGGCGCGGCGCCUGUUCUGGUACCCGGCGGAGGCGUUGCAAUUGUGGCGCUCGGGCGUGCGAGGUGGGAGAUGGACUAUGAUGAGUUUGACGGGGAGAAGAGGUUGAGGUUGCCGAUUAGCUGGGCGGCGGACCAUCGUGUUGUUGAGGGCGCGGAGCUUGCUGCGUUUGUUGAGACUUGGAGAGGAUGGGUUGAGAAUCCGACGAGGCUCGUUGGGACUGGGGUUUGA